AUGGCUACGUUUACGACUACGACCACGGCUGGCGCACAACACAGCAUCGUACAAAUGGCCAGCCGACAGAUGCCGCACGGGCUGGGUCUGCUCACGACGGUCGCCUCGUUGCCGCCAAAGUAUCGCAGUCGUUACCUGAAUCUUAAAGCUAAGUGUGAAACACCGUUAGAUCUCUCGGUGAAACCGAACUCACCUGUACCUACUAACAAUAACAACAGCGCAGAGUUAGCUAACGAUGUACCUAUGGCCGCCACAUUCACCGAGGUCUACACGGAGCCCAGUGAGGAGGCGGUGGCAUCGCAGGUGUUUAGUGAAAGCAGCGAGGUCUCAUUAGUACCCAUUACUAAUGAAGUUUAUAUCGUGCAAGAUAGCGCACCACAAACGGAGGAGGCUGUUGUCACCAUAACACAAAUCGCCAAACCCAUAACACCACCGCUAACGCCCACCAAACGCAAGCACGCAGUUAUGCUUGACGAGGAGGCUACGGAGCAAGUGUUUACAGUGUUGGAGCCGCAAAAAACCUUGCAGGCACGCGAGAAUCUCGCUAAACUGGCAAAAACUGUCACACAUCCGACUACCAAGCGCGACUGCACGCCCACGAAACCCAUUAAAGCCACCGAUACAGCACCGAAGACCGUUAAAGCUCAACCGCCUGCGACUAAAAGCACCAAAAAUAAAGCGACGCGUAAACUAAAGUUCGACGAAGAGACGAGUUCGCCUGUAUCGGGCACCAUUAUACGUCCACUAGAGGACAUCACCGAUGGCACAGUGCAGUACAGCAAUGGCGAUAUUGAUCCCAAAUACAAUAUAGUUGAGAUCACCGAGGAGACCAAAGCCGAAUUGGCGGCCAUUAAAAAUGUAAUUGGCGAUUACAUCUGCAAGUUGUGUCGCAUCAAGUUCGAUGACGCAUUCGGUUUGGCACGUCAUCGUUGCGCCUGCAUUGUGCUGCUCGAGUAUCGUUGCCCGGAGUGUGGCAAACAGUUUAACUGUCCCGCAAACUUGGCUUCGCAUCGUCGUUGGCAUAAACCGAAGAAAACCGAUACAAAUAAUGGCGGUGUUUCGCGUAAAGAGAACCGUAACACUACAAAUAACGCCUCACAAAUCAGCAGCACAGCGGCACUCAACGAACAAUCCGCGGACUUGCCUUAUCCCUGCGAUAUCUGUGGUAAGCGUUUCAAGCGUGCCGCCUAUCUACGUAAACACCAACAGACACACAAUAAGAAACGCACGACGAGCACGACAAGUGUCGGUGGCCAGUUGCAGGAGACACCAGCGCUCGUAGCCGAUGGUGGUCUCUCCACUGCAUCCACUGCAGUUAUGGGCAGUUCCUAUCCAUCUUAUGCCGGCUCGACGGCAUCUUCGUCAGCUUCGAGCUUGCAUUCAUAUAAUGGCGCUAUCGUCGAAGAAGAGGUGAUCAGUUAUGCCACAACCAAUGGUAGCUACAUCGAAUAUGUGGACGAUGAAGAGGACGUGCGGUCCACCACAAGCAGCUCUAGCUCGACGGCGGGUUAUGGCCGCCUGCAAAUUGUCGAGACCGGCUUGACGGAGGAAGAGAAUAUAGCAGCUGCCGCGUUGACAAACUUACGGAACUGUGCCUCGGUGAUUCAGCACACCACACUAGCGCACUGAUUGCCGGGUUACGCUGAUUGCUAGAUCGAGGGGUCGUUGCCCGCCGUUCAUCGCUCAGUCGGUCGGUCUUUUGGUUGAUUAGUGUCCCUGUUCGUGCGCAUAGUGUGUAGUGCAAGUGUGCGUGUGUAAGGUGGCUCUAGCGCAAAUAGUGUAGUGCGGUGU